AUGGCCCCGCAACCAAUUCGUCCCGUCAGACCUGUACUAAUGGAGCCGCAGUUGUCUGUCGCGCACACGUGUGGCAUCACGCUCUCACCCGUCAAGCGUGGCUCGCGUGACAUCAUCGAUACACUCAAGCACCAAUGCGACUGUGCGCCACGCUCUGUCUCCAUGGGCGAAUAUGUGGCCAGUCCACGCGUUACGUCGGGACAAGUACAGGGGUUCGCGAAGGAGUCCGACUACCUUCUCUCCGAGCCAUCCUCGCUCUGGGGCUCUACUUUCACUCUAACCAACACCAUACUAGGCUCGGGAACACUCGCAGUGCCGUUCGCCAUCGCGUCGAGCGGAUGGUUGCUGGGCAACGCCAUCAUGUUAGCGAUCGCUAUGAUUACGCGAUAUUCCGUGCAUUUACUGCUGUCUGCAAGCGACCGAGCAGGCAGCAAUUGCGCCAAGACCUACGAGAGUCUCGGCCACUUCACUAUGGGCGCGUUUGGCACCAGAUUGGCAGAGUUUACCUUCAUCUUCGGGGGGUUUGGGACUCUCGUAAGCUACUUGAUUUUCGUCACGGACUUGUGCGCGGCUGUGCUUUCUGUAUCAGCGCAAGACAAGUGGACGAUCACAGUCACGUUGGUCGCAACUGUCGUGUUCCCUCUGUCUCUGAGUCGUCGUAUUGGCAAACUGUGGCUGGCUUCUGUCCUCGCUAUUCUGUCCAUCGGCUACGUCGUGGCGUUCGUUCUAGUGGCCUUCCUCGCUGUGUAUAAUGCGGACACAGCGUCGAUUGGACAAGGUGUGCAGGCUGUCCGUAUUGAUCCGGGAAGUGUGUAUACAGUGACGCUAUUAAUCUCUGCAUUUGCAUGCCACAACACGGCGUUGCCAGUGUACGAAGAACUGAAAGACCGGACGUUGCCCCGGAUGAACCGAGCAGUCAUUGGAGCUAUCAGCGUCGCGUUUGUACUGUACGAAGUCAUUUCGCUCUGUGGAUAUCUGCAGUUUGGAUCGGAGACCAAGGACAAUAUCUUGCUCAACUUCUCGUCGGAUUAUGUGGCACAACACAAGUCUGUGAAGGUUCCUCUGCUGAUUGGACAGUUGUGUAUGGCCCUGGCGUUGGUGCUCACGACUCCAAUUGCCAUGUGGCCAUUCCGUUCGUGUGUCUUGAGUGUGUAUCUGCGCGUGAAGAAUGGCGUACAGACUCCUAGUCAUGAGGCUACGUACAAGGAGUAUAUUGGAGUCACAGUGCUGAGUCUGACUCUCAUCUUGACGUGCAGUAUCUUCGUGCCGUCUGUCAAGAUCCCUUUGAGUAUCGUGGGUUCAGUGUCGGGGUCAUUAUUGAUCUUCGUUAUGCCGGCGUUGUUCUUCCUGCUGCAGUCCACAGGCCCCAUGAUUAGUCGUGAACACGCAGGUCCAUUGCUUAUGCUCGGUGCAGGUGUGGUGAUCGGCGUUGUGGGUCUCUCGUUGACACUGUUCAAGCUGUAUCGUGAAUAUUCUUAA